AUGGCGGCGCAAGGCUCGGGCAGCUCGGUCUUUGAUGGCGUCCUCAUCGUGCUCUACAUCUUCCUUGGCAUCUUUUGCUUUCUGCUCCUACUCGGGCUCUACUUUUGCUACAAGAAUGCCCGCGCUGACGCCGAGCUGGACGAACUGCAAGGCUACCACGAAGUUGAAGAUCCACCAUGCCUCAAUGCGACGCGCGACACAGUAUGCUCGCGUGGCCAAGGCAUUCGCUGCGACAAGAUCGACACCAAGGUCGCGCUGCAAGGCAUUACCUCGACUGCGCCAGCGCUGUCAUCGCAAACGAGCUUUUUCUCGACAACCACGUCGUGCGCUGCGGUCACGCCAGCACCAGUAGCCCACACUACUACGCUCUGA